AUGGAGGGCGGCCGCAAGAGGGGGAAGGGCGACGGCGCCAAAGGGGCCUCCGCCGGCGGGAAGCGAUCGCGAGAAGCGGAGUCAUUUCAAAGUGGUGUAGGAAGCAAAUCGAAGCCAUGCACCAAAUUUUUCAGUACCUCUGGUUGUCCCUUUGGUGAGGGCUGCCAUUUUCUCCAUUACUUCCCUGGUGGCUACCAGGCAGUUUCAAAAAUGACCAACCUGGGUGGCACAACAAUUGCACCUCCUGGAAGAACGACAAUGGAUGGGCCCCCUACACGCACCGUGAAGACUUGCUUGUGCAACAAGUACAACACUGCAGAGGGAUGCAAAUGGGGUGACAAAUGCCACUUUGCACAUGGUGAAAGGGAGCUUGGCAAGCCUAUGUUGAUGGACAGCUAUAUGCCACCCCGCAUGGGACCAAGACCCACUGGUCAUUUUGCACCUCCACCUAUGGCCAACCCUGGCUUGGCCACUCCAGCUAGCUUCGGCGCUUCUGCCACAGCCAAGAUCAGUGUUGAUGCAUCCCUUGCAGGUGGCAUCAUCGGGAGGGGUGGAGUUCACACAAAACAGAUAUCUCGAGUCACCGGGGCAAAGCUGGCCAUCCGGGACCAUGAAUCAGACACCAGCUUGAAAAACAUUGAGCUUGAGGGCACCUUUGAUCAGAUCAGGAAUGCUAGUGCUAUGGUCAGUGAGCUGAUUGUCAGCAUCAGUGGCAAUGCCCCUCUGCAGGCCAAGAACCCAGCUGGCGGAACUCAUCGUGGUGGAGGCACAGGAAGCAACUUCAAGACCAAGAUGUGUGAGAACUUCGCAAAAGGAUCGUGUUCUUUUGGCGACAAGUGUCACUUUGCCCAUGGUGGCAAUGAGCUGCGCAAGCCUGCUACUGCUUGA